GUGUUUGGUUUUCCAGUUGUUAAGGACUGCGGUGCACGCGCUGCGUUGUAAACAAAACGACAAAAUACCGUUUAAAAUAUUAAAUAUAUAGCUUUAAUACGUAGGACAUGUUAAAAACGUUUAAUAAAAAAGCUUAAGUUAACGGCGAUUAGAAAAUAUCGAAACUUUUCACAGAGUUCAAUGUGUUCCAACUGAGGGCAGACUAUAAAACGCGCGAAUAUGAUGGAAGUAACACAGAACGUUGAAUUAAGAGAGCUGCCGACAGAAGAUGACUUAAUAAGAAGUAUCACCGAACUGGACCAUAAAGGUGAUAAGCUCUCCAGCCCUGAUAUUAAUACAAACAUGGGGAGCCGCAAGUCAACUAUCGAUGAGGAAAUUCAGAAUGGAUUGUCCGUUGACAUUCUAGAUAACGACAUUAAGGCAACGUCGCCUAUCGAUAGUAUCGGCAAGAGUGAUGAUCACGAUGCCGACAAGGACUUGCCUAGGGAACACAAUGCCGGCACAGAUCUGGAUGCUCUGCUGGACAAGAUUAGUUCGAUCGUAGACUGCGAUCGUAAGGACUCUAUCGAUGAGGAUGAUGUUACAAUGGGAGAUAGCAGCAUACCGAUUUCGGCCGAUAACGAUAACAUUGCAGAAGACAACACUGCGAUCGAUGAAACAGAGACAAAUGUGAUCGGCGCCGAAGCAAAGCAAAAGGAAGAAGAACAAAAAAACAGCGUGGAAGAGCUUAAUAGUUCUGAUCUACCUAAAGUCGAGGAGAAACCUGAAGAAGAACGGGAAGAGAAUUUAGCGGAAACUAAAGAUAAACAAAAUAUCAAUGAAAGUGAGAUCGGUGCAGCAGUGAAAGAGGAUGUACCGACUGAUGAAAAUAUGUUAGAUGAUGAAACGGAAGAAAAUGCUAACAAGGAUCCGAAAGUCACAAAAACAAAAAAGUCGCAAGAGGAAUCUGGAGAAAUAAAUUCGAAUGAUGAUGUCUUCUUGGAUGCUUUGGAGAGCAUCUCUAGUUCAGAUGAGUUUGAAGCAGCGAGCAAUGAGAAAACUGUAAAAACUGAUGAGCCAGUUCCCAAAGAGCAAAGCAACCAUGGCUUAGACAACAUAACCUCAGAUGAAAGCUUUGAUGGAGAUGAUAAGACGGAUGCUGUCGGUGAAAAAGCAAAUGGAGAGGCCUCAAUUAUUGAUCUCGACUCAUCUGAUGAUAAAACAAUUGAUACCCCUGCGAAGGAAGAUGCAGCAGAAGCAGAGACGGAAAUGGAGGUUGACAAAACUGAAGAGGAAGAGGAAGAGAAAGAGCUGAGUGACAAAACAUUAGAAAAUAAGUCGGCGGAAGCUGAGGAAGUUUGCGAAGAGAAAACCAAGACAGAUCCAGAGGUGGACAAAGAUGAUCCCGAGCCAUCGGAGAAUAAAGUUGAAGAGCCGACCGAACCGAAGUCCAAUGGAGUCUUGGACGACGAGUGCGAGAAGAAAGUCGAGCAAACGGAAGAGCCGGCGACGAGCAAAGCUUCAGAGAACAUUGUAGCUGAGGCAAAGGAUGCCGAAUCAGAUGAUGAGGUGAUCUUUUUCGAGCCGAUUGAAAAGACGGGGUCGAAAGAGAACGAAACAGGUGAGAGUAAAACGGAAGCUAUCAAAGAUAUGCCAGCGGCUGAUAAAAAGGUCGAAGAGGUUGUACUGUUGUCGGAAGACGAAGACGAUCAGCCGCCUGAAAAGAAACCUUCGAAGGCUGUAAAAACUGCUCCGACUAAACCAAGCGAAUCGAAAUUGAGAGACUUGUUAGCUGACAACUCAGACAAUGCUUGCGAUCAGUUUGAGAAACAGAAAACGCUGGAGAAACCGAAAGUUGUCUUGGGUGAGGACGGGAAUAGCAAUUCGAGCAAUUUGCUACAGCCCUCACAUAAGAGCAGAGAUGAGACACCGGCUGAAGCUGAAGCCGAAGCGGAACCUGCUGCAGAGGCUGAUGAUGGCGACGUGGAAAUGGUGGCCGAUGAGCCGGAGCCGGAUGAGUCGGAAGCUGUCAUGCCUGCGGUCAAGCGCUUGCGUCUGAGCACCGACGAAAAAGUAGAGGCUAGCAACAGCACCGCCACAGUCUCCACCACUACCAGCACAGAGGAAGCAGCACCCGUCGUUGCCAAACGCAGUCACAGCCUGCUGGCCAGCAACAGUCCCGCAGAGAAGGAGGAUAUACCUAGCAAGAAAUUGAAAACGGAUGACUCCGAUUCGAAUAGCUCAAACGAUGGCACACUGCAAAUUGAUCUGGAUGCUCAUGAUAAUACCCAAGAGUCGGAAGAAUCAACAGCAGCAGCUACCGAGCCAGCUAAAAUCGAGCACGACGAGAAGACGGAGUCAAAGGAACUGGAGUACGACCUCAAGCCCAAGCCGCAGCUGAAGAAAGAUGUCAAGCCGUUGCGCUUGGAGUUCUUGAAGAGUUUCCGGAAGAGUUUCGACAAGAUGACGCGUCAGGAUCUGGAAGAGCUGGUGCUGCAGAAGAUCGUCGAGAGCAUGCUGGUGAAGAGCGAAUUUUCGGAGAUACGGCGCCAGAUCGACAAUCAAGAGAACACGCUGGCCAACUAUCGCCGCAAGAUAGCUGAGGUCUCCAAGCAGUUUCUCGAUCUGGAGACGGUGCACAAGCGUGUACUCAAAGAUCUGGAAACGAAGAAUGCUCAGUUUACGGCGCCGGUGCGCAUUACGCGCGCUGUCGGUCUCCAGGUGGGCAUGGCCCUCAUGAAGAAGCCCAGCGAGGAGGCGGCACGCAGCCACGCCUCCGGCUGUCAUACUGCGGGCAGUAUGCAAGCGGCGACAGCGACAAUGCCAACGCCACCAAAGGCGAGCACCUCGCCAAUGCGAUCGUCCAUGCGUGCGCUGCCACCGCCACGACUCAGUCCGCCCCAGCAUCAGCAGCAGCAGCAGCAGCUGCAACAGCAGCAGCAGCAGCAGCAUCAGCAUCAGCUGCAACAACAGCAGCAACUGCAGCAUCAACAACACCAGCAACAGCAGCAGACACCGCCAUCGAUUUCAACGCGACCCUACGUACAGACGAGCGGCGGUGGCACGCCGCCGGUGCGUCGUGGUUGCAUGCAGAAGGUGACGCCACAGCGGCCUGUUAACAACACGCCCAGCAGUCAUCAGGCGAGCACCUCCGGCCAGGGCAUGCAGCGACUGCCAAGCACGCCAAAUGUCCCAACGCGUUCCAUGUACGCGUCGAAGCACACGGGCAGCGUGACAUCUGCGACGGCAGCCGCUGUUGCCGCAGCUAUGCGAGCGCGCGGCACUACGGCUAAGCCCAUAACCAAGGACUAUCCCAGCUCCUACAUGGCACAGAAACAGCAACAGCAGCAACAACUUCAACAGCAACAACAACAACAACAGCAGCAGCAGCAAUCUCCAUUGCCCGUUCGCAUUGGUCGCAGUCCGGGCAAGCAGCCCAUCAACAUCAACACCAAGGCACGCCCCAUGCCCACCGUGUCGGUGCCCAUGUCAAGUGCCACGGAUAGUGGAUCAAGUGGUGCUGGCUAUGGCCAGCCCAGUCUAGCGCCUGCACGACCCAAAGAGAAGGCCGUCAUCGAUCUCACAGACGAGGAUGAUGCAGCGGCUGCUGCUGCCGCAGCUGCGAUGGAGGCCAGCGCUAAUUCGAGACUGCGACAAACGUUAAAUGUGCCCGCCAAACGCAACAUGCAAACGUCGCCCAUGGGCGGCAGUACACGGUCCGGCGGAGGCAGCGUGGUGCGCGUCUCGCCCAUGAAUAUACCGCGUACCAAUGCUGUGGCCCGACAGAUUGUCAAUGGACCAGGCCAAAGAGGAUCGACUGGCUCGAAUGUUAGCAUGCAGAUGCGGUCGGAGAAUACGCCGCCGAGUGGAUCGCGUGCACGUUUAUCGCACCCUGCACCGUUACCGCUGGCGCCGGCGCAGAUCAAUCAUCCGGAUUGGAAGCUGCCGCCAUCACGGCCCGUCAUACGCAUCAGCUUGCACGACACGGGCAUUGUCAUCUCGUGGACACUGGAGGAUACGGGCAGUCGAUUUGCCGAGUGCGUCACGUAUCAGAUUUAUGCUUAUCAGGAGACGAUCAACGAGCCCAGCACCGACUCCUGGCGGCAUGUGGGCGACGUGAAGGCCAUGCUCCUGCCCAUGGCAGUUACGCUGAACCAGUUCCAAGAGAAUCAGCGCUAUUUCUUUGCCGUGCGAGGCGUCGAUGCGCACGAUCGUUACGGGCUAUUCAGUUUGCCCAAGACGUGGUAAUCGAGUCGUGUCCUUUGUUCAUAUGUAUUCUUCAAUCUUAUUUUACUCUAGCUCUUACGCCUAUUUAUAACUUAUUUAUGCAAUGUGACCCAAGCCUUAAGUUAAGUUUUAAGUUGGAUAGUUCAGUUUAGUUUUCAGUUGAAGUUUUUUGGACUGUCCAAAACAAUUUCUUUUAGCUAAUUAGCAUGUACAUCACAUUUAUGUUCGUUCCUUAAGAUAUAU